AGCGGAAGCGGACGCUCGACGUCUCACGGGACACGUUCUCGCUUCAGGAACCAGCAAGUCGCACUGCAUUGCUCGCUCCACGAGCAAGCCUUUUCAGCGCCGCCCCGCUAUUCACGCAAGCCACGGCGAGUCCGGUCCGGUCUCCAGGUCGCUGUGCGCUUUAAGGCUUCAGCCGUGCGUCUAGUCUGACAAGGACGAAAGCCUAUCUCUAACCCACUGUGCCCAUUCGAGACAGUGCACAGAGGGCGCCGCACUAGCUUUGCGUAGUUCCAGCGUUUUGAGCAGAAAGAUGCUCGCAACCAUCAGACCUCAAGAGGUGCAUGGAUUAGGACCCCAUCAUCGACGACAUCCGUCUUCCUACAGCGGUCAUACAAGAAUACCCAAGCUUGCAGUACGCAGCGUGGUGUCCGAGGACGAGCAUGCAGGAGAUGGCAGUCCGUCUCCGAAGGGGCGUCUAAGGCGUGACGAUGGCGUCAGGCCACCGCCAUCGUCUUGCUCUUCCGUGUCCACAACCCUGCCAACCUUGGAGCGGACACAUAGUGAUCAGUCACAUGACUCCCAAGACUCGCUAGAUACGAUCAGACAGCGCCGGAGCAGCUUCGCGCCGGCCAAGACCAAGGCAGCUGACUCGAAGCGGAAGAAUAAGGCCGCGUCAGUACUGGGGUUUCUCACUCUGAAGGAGCCGUCGACUGCCGCUUGGGAAGAGUUCGCGGAAGCACAAAGAAAGGCUGCAGCGCAGAAAGGUGGCAGAGUCUCAGCGGUUAGGCCUGCUGGAGUCUCGUCUCAAAGACUGCCAGACUUCGUACCUAAAACCAAUUCGAAGUGGGAUGGCUUGCCUGGUAACACACAGCGCACGAGUGCGCAGAGAACAAAUAGCAAACGGCUUUCUACUUUCUCCACGGGAAGCAAGCAGACUACGCGAACAACUUCCACAACACGCGCAGACUUCGGUGACGAGUUCGCCAAAAGGUUCGGUUCGCUAUCGAGCAAGCCGGGGCGUAGAUCGACCUCCUCCUCCGGGUCAUCAAUGCGAAGCUCGAUGCGUGUUACGGGCUCUAUGCAGUCAUUGCCGGAAGAUGCCGGAGAGUCAUCCACUCAUAGCCCCAGACGCGGCGACGAGCCCAAGCGAUCCUUGCAGCAACAACAGCAUCCGAACGAUCGCCCAGAAUCAUCCUUGUCGUGCGGCAAAGAAGUCGCACGUUGGGAUCAAUCGCCAUUGCAAGAGAGUCUGAACAGAGAUGUCGAGGUGCCUCAAGAACUUGCUCGAGAGAAAGCUCUGGCCAUACUGGGCGCUCAGAAACGAGUCGAUACUUUUCUCCAUCCGCCUUCGCCACCGUACGUUCUUCCAGAUAUGUCGUCGCUGAUGCAGACACCGGAGCUAGAGCUUCCCGAGACUUCGUUACUCGACGUCUCUCAACCGACUCAGCAUAUCAGCUCGCCCGCAGAGCAAUCGCCUCUUACGCCUCCAGCAGACGAGAAUCUCCUAUUCACGACUGUCGCCGAACAUGAGCCCGCCGUUAAGUCAAUCGGUGCCGUUACCCAGUCCGAGAAUGUCACCUUCUGGCAUAGCGAUACCGACACCGAUACGGAGCCCUUCAGAACUGUACGAUCAGGAGGUACACAUACUGUACCAAACUUCAGCCGACCCAGAGUCGCGAAAUACGUCUUGGCAAAUGCGCACCCCGAUCUGCCGCUCGAACCUAUCAUUGAUGAGGACAUCCGGACCGAGAGCGAAGGCAGCGACUGGUUGCAGCCUACAUUGCGCGAUGACAAAGGCCGGACAUCACCUUUCGUAAAUACCCACCUGCCACUGCAAGCCCAGAACCUAGCCACGAGCACUUCAUCUUCUCUACCAGCCGCGCUAGUGAGAACGCAGUCGAUGUCUUCCCGGGUGACAAGCAUAACUAUCGGCACUGCCACUACCGUAACGCCCACUCUCGACUCGCCGACAUUCUCAGAAAACACGUCAGAGUUGCCUAGCCGACCAUCCACAGCUGCAUCAAGCGUUUCUACCGUUACCGCUACUCCGCGGCUGUCAACGUCUCCGCCCCGAUCAAACAGCGAUGCUGUCUCAGUGGCACCAAGCGAAAUGUCCGUGCAGUGGACAAUGACGCCGAAGGAACGGCUCGGCCUCGGCGGGAAGUUGAUUAGACGAGAGCAAGCGGACGUGCUCCCAUGGGAGAAGGAGGGUGAAAUCGUGACCAGCGUAGCCGCCAAAAGACUGUCCACAGCCUCUUCGUUGGCGCCGACGGAAGGCGGUAGGCUAAAGAGGCUGAGUAUUCGACUGAGCAGAAGGUGAGCGCUAUCAUUAGUAUCCCUCACGCGUUACGACAUCGGACCUACGAGGGCAAUGAAGGCGCACAAUUGUUUCUGCUCAGAUGUCAUGACAUGAUUCACCAAGACAUCCUCUUCGUUUCAUCUCGUACUCCAUGCUAAGAAUACUCCAGUACGUUCGGCUA